UUUGACUGUCUCUUCCCAACUCAUUUUGUGUCAUUCUUUCUGGGUCUGUCUCUUUCUUGCUAUUUGUGCUGUUCCCUCAUCCCUCCCCCUUUUCCAUCCUCCUGACCCUGGCAAGAAUUCACUACGGAGCAUGGGAUCAGUCUGCUGGGAGUCUGGGAAUUAAGAUGCAGAGCCAUCACACAGAACACCUAUACAAGAUCCUUGUGAUCGGUGACUUGGGCGUUGGCAAAACAAGUAUCAUCAAACGUUAUGUCCACCAGAACUUCGUGCCGCAUUACCGCGCCACCAUCGGGGUAGAUUUCGCUUUAAAAGUUCUUAGCUGGGACUCAGACACAGUCGUCCGGCUGCAGCUAUGGGACAUCGCAGGUCAAGAGCGAUUCGGGAACAUGACGAGGGUGUACUACCGGGAAGCUGUAGGAGCAUUCAUCGUCUUUGAUGUGACCAGGCCGGCAACGUUUGAAGCUGUAACGAAAUGGAAAGAGGAUUUAGACUCAAAAUUGACUCUCUCUAGUGGCCUGCCCGUAGCAGCGGUGCUUCUGGCCAACAAAUGUGACCAGGGAAAAGAUGGUUUUAAAAACAACUGCACCAAAAUGGACCAGUUCUGCAAGGAGCAUGGCUUUGUCGGCUGGUUUGAAACUUCAGCAAAGGAAAAUAUAAACAUCGACGAAGCCUCGCGGUGUCUGGUAAAACACAUUAUUGCCAGUGAGAGCGAUUUCAUGCAGUCCGUGGAACCAGACGUUGUAAAGCCCCAAAUGAAUUCGUCCAAAAUAGCUAGUUGUUCGGCUUGCAUUAAGUUCUAAUUUUCCUCUCAUUUUUUUCCAUUUUCCCUUGGAACAGUUGUUAAAUAAUAUCCAAUAAACAUUGUGUGGUUACAGCGAC